UUUCACUCAAAAACUAAAGAAUAAGAUUGCAAGAAGAUAUAUGACAAUGGCUGCUGCUGCUACCACCACCUUCACAUGCCUCCGCCAACUCGCCGAAACUCAUCAUUACAAGGCCUGGCUUUUAGACCAGUUUGGGGUUCUUCAUGAUGGAAAACAGCCUUAUCCUGGUGCUAUAGCUACAUUGGAAAGUUUGGCUGCUCAUGGUGUCAAGAUGGUUAUUAUAAGUAAUUCAUCGAGACGUGCAUCAACAACUUUGGAUAAGUUGAAGAGCCUCGGAUUUGACCCCUCCCUCUUUGUGGGAGCCAUAACCAGUGGCGAACUAACAUAUCAGCAUCUUCAAAGGAGAGAUGAUCCUUGGUUCCGGGCACUAGGAAAGACCUGCAUUCACAUGACAUGGAGUGACCGAGGCGCUAUAUCACUUGAUGGAUUAGGGCUACAGGUUGUAGAUAAUGUUGAACAGGCUGAGUUUAUUUUGGUUCAUGGUACCGAAGCUUUGGGGCUUUCAUCUGGUGAUUCCAUUUCUAAGAAGGUUGAGGAGCUUGAGAAGAUUCUAGAGCAAUGUGCAGCUAAAGAAAUCCCUAUGGUGGUAGCAAAUCCUGACUUUGUGACUGUUGAGGCUAGAGAACUACGUAUUAUGCCUGGUACAUUAGCAGCUAGGUAUGAAAAGCUUGGCGGUGAAGUUAAAUGGAUGGGCAAGCCUUAUGAAAUUAUCUAUAAAUCAGCCAUGACCAUUGCAGGUGUUGAUGCUUCUGAUUCAAUUGCUGUGGGAGACUCUCUACAUCAUGACAUAAAGGGUGCAAAUGCAUCUGGGGUUAAAUCUGCAUUUAUCACUUGUGGAAUUCACGCAAAUGAGCUUGGACUAAGUGAAUUUGGAGAACGAGCAGAUCUUUCCUCUGUCCAUGCUCUUGCAUCCAAGUAUGAUGCGUAUCCAUCAUAUGUAUUGCCUUCAUUUACUUGGUGAUCUCAAUGCAUGCCCAGGAUGAGUGCAAACCGUGUGUGCAGCACUGUUAUUUUGACUGGAAGAUAUGGCUAUUUUGUCAUUCAUUUUAUAAGCUUGCCCGAAGAUGUUUAUGUAUACUGCUAGUAGAGCAUCAAUGUAUUGAAGAUGUAUAAAGGGUCAUAAGGUAAUUCUAUAUACGAGCAUUCAUUCUAUAUACUGCUAGUAGGGCGGAAAUAAAGGGAUUUCCAAAAAUAUGUUUCAUAAGGGCUAUGUCUAUGAAACAAAGAAUAGCAAUGGCAGGUGUUAAAGUUGGACACAAGUAGUUGAUGCCUUAUUACUCUUGCAAUCUUUUGGACAUAGUUGCAAUUUAUAAAGUAUCUAUUCUCAAUCCA